AGGCAAUCCUUUGCAAUCUAUCAAAGAGACCACUCCCAGUACAAACCAGACCAAGUGCUAAGCUAAUGCCACGGCUAAGAAUCUGCUUUUUCACAGCUCAAAACACCUAUUUCUUGGAUUAUUGAGUGGAGCAGACCAUCAAGAAAAGCCUAGCGCUCAGCCAGACUCGUUGGAUUGGAGUUUGAGCGAGUGUUAGUUCAGAAAGGAGUGUUUUUCUCUGCAGCAACCGUCGUCUUUGAUUCUUCGUUUUCAACAUAGACUUGACUUGGUUUUUUGAACUCAACUGGCCACAAUGAGUGAGUUAGAACAGCUUCGACAGGAGGCAGAGGCUUUGAAAAGCCAAAUUCGGGAUGCAAGAAAGAUUGCUGCAGAUACAACCCUCCUUCAAGUCACAGCAAACUUGGAACAAGUGGGAAGAAUACAAAUGAGAACACGUAGAACGCUUCGUGGUCAUCUUGCAAAAAUAUACGCUAUGCACUGGGGGUCUGAUUCCAGAAACUUAGUAAGUGCUUCACAAGAUGGAAAACUUAUUGUAUGGGAUUCUUAUACAACAAAUAAGGUUCAUGCCAUUCCUCUGCGUUCUAGCUGGGUAAUGACRUGUGCGUACGCUCCUUCUGGAAGCUUUGUCGCAUGUGGUGGUCUGGACAAUAUAUGUUCAAUUUACAGUCUCAAAACACGAGAAGGCAAUGUUCGUGUGAGCAGAGAACUUCCAGGACAUACAGGUUAUCUUUCAUGUUGUCGUUUUAUCGAUGAUAACUUCAUCAUUACCAGUUCUGGUGAUAUGACAUGCUGCUUGUGGGAUAUAGAAACAGGGCAACAAACGACAACAUUCACCGGUCAUACAGGAGACGUCAUGAGUUUGUCUUUGUCCCCAGACGGCAGAAGUUUUGUAUCUGGUGCCUGUGAUGCAUCAGCUAAGUUGUGGGACGUUAGGGAUGGAAUGUGUAAACAAACCUUUACUGGUCAUGAAUCAGACAUUAACGCUGUUGCAUUUUUCCCCAAUGGCUUUGCCUUUGGAACCGGUUCUGAUGAUGCUACAUGCAGACUCUUUGAUAUCAGAGCUGAUCAGGAAUUAAUGAUGUAUUCACAUGACAAUAUCAUUUGCGGCAUAACAUCUGUAGCAUUUUCCAAGAGUGGCCGUCUCCUAUUGGCUGGCUAUGAUGACUUUAACUGCAAUGUCUGGGACACCCUGAAGGGUGAGCGUGCUGGUGUACUUGCCGGCCACGACAAUAGGGUUAGCUGUCUGGGCGUGACAGAAGACGGCAUGGCAGUAGCAACUGGAAGUUGGGAUAGUUUCCUGAAGAUCUGGAAUUAGGUGUAGAGAAGGCCAUUGCAAAUAGUACUCAUAGUGUCUCUAUUUUAUAUUGUAAGUCAGUUUUCCUGAGCUGAUCGCUCUAACAUACAGGAAUUUGGCCCUGUUUCGGCAGUACAUUUGCAAGAAUAUAACUUCACCUUUUUUGAUUUUGGUAAGGGUGAUGGACAAGUUGCGGUUGAAGCCAUGUUAAAGAGCCUUCAAUCUAAAGAAAUUUAAUCCCAACAUGAGAGCAAUCUAAAAACCCUGUAAUACCACUCAUAGCUCUAUUCUACCACAUUUUUGCAAUUUUUUUCUGAUUGUUUCCAAGAAGAAAAAUUACCAAGCUUAACUAACUAACUCACAUGACCUAGAAAGUAAUUACAAAAAAAAAAAAAGAUUUUGAUCUUAACAAUAAGAUAAAGUAAAAUCGUAGAUGCAAGAAUACCGUAAACUUUCAGUUGUUUUCUUGGUGGUCAAAGUUACAAAUAACGAGUCAAAUCAAUGUUGAUAUUCCAAUCACCAUCAUUAUGACCACAAUACUAGUUUCUCGAAAUGUUACUCUAUAUUAUACACAAGGAACAGAAUCCGUAAUAGUAAAAAUGCUCGCGUCCGUGCUCAGCUAAGAUAAUAUGGAAAUUCUCCGAAAGCCUUUAUUAGAGCUCUUAUGAACUAACCCUUAUCAAGCUUAGCUUUUGGUUUAAAACAGUCACUGACUUGAGAUCCGAGCUCUCGAACGACUUCCGGAAAAAAUUCCGAGAAUCCCCCGAGAAAAAAGCGAGUGCAUACCAUAAAUCUAGUUCAAUAUCUUCCCCUGUUUAGUACUUGUUUACGGUCCCCACUUCUUUGUAUUCAUUUGAAGUAUAUGUACAUGUGAAAUAUGAUGACAUAAAUGUAGAGGUCCCCAGUUAGUGUAAAAAAAUCAGAAUUAAUGGAAGGUAAUGUUGAUAGAUAGAUAGCCCUGUUUAGAAUUAGUAAGCCCUAGAUCCAGAUUUACCGUAUGUCUUUAGGUUUAUAUAGCGUACUCUUAUCAAGUUGACAGAAUGAUUCGCGUCGUAUACCGACUUUAUAUUAUUUGUGAGAGAUGAGAUAUUAAAGAUGAAGCGUUCCAUGUACCAAUAA